AUGAAAGCACUUAUUCUUGUCGGUGGUUAUGGAACACGUUUACGUCCAUUAACACUAACAAAACCGAAGCCAUUGGUAGAAUUCUGUAAUAAGCCAAUGGUUCUCCAUCAAAUUGAAGCAUUAGCUCAAGUUGGUGUUACACAUGUAAUUUUAGCUGUUAGUUAUUUAUCAGAUAUGCUUCAACGAGAAAUGGAGGUAGAAGCUAAACGAUUAAAUAUCAAGAUAUCAAUCUCACAAGAAACUGAACCCUUAGGAACAGCUGGUCCAUUGGCAUUAGCACGACAAUAUCUUGAAGUAGAGAAAGAUCCAUUUUUUGUCCUUAAUUCUGAUGUGAUAUGUGAAUUUCCAUUCGAUGAAAUGAUCAAAUUCCAUAAAGAACACAAUUAUGAAGGCACUAUUGUUGUUACUAAAGUUGAGGAACCAUCGAAAUAUGGUGUUGUCGUCUAUGAAACAGAGACUGGUAAAAUUGAUCGAUUUGUUGAAAAACCACGUGAAUAUGUUUCCAAUAAAAUUAAUGCUGGCCUUUACAUAUUCAGUAAAGGUGUACUCGAUAGAAUUCAAUUACGACCAACAUCGAUUGAAAAAGAAAUAUUUCCUGCUAUGGCUGCUGAUAAUCAACUAUAUGCAUUUGAACUUAAAGGUUUUUGGAUGGAUGUUGGUCAACCAAAAGAUUAUCUAAUUGGAAUGAGUCUAUAUCUUAAUUAUGUUCGACAUUCUAAUUCUGAUCGAUUAUCACGAGAAAAUGGUACAGUUGGUAAUGUUUUAGUGGAUUCAACAGCUAAAAUCGGUGAACGAUGUCGUAUUGGACCUAAUGUUGUGAUUGGUCCACGAGUUAUUGUACAAGAUGGCGUAUGUUUAAAAAAUUGCACAAUACUCGGUGAUUCAUUAAUCAAAAGUCAUUCAUGGAUUGCUAAUUGUAUUAUUGGUUGGCGAUGUAAUAUUGGUCAAUGGGUUCGUAUGGAAAAUACGAGUGUACUUGGACUUGAUGUAUCAGUACAAGAUGAAUUAUUUAUUAAUGGUGGUGUUAUAUUACCACACAAGGCCAUAAGUGAAAGUAUUUCUGAACCAAAAAUUCUUAUUUAA